UCCAGCUAGUCAGGCUAAAAAUGUUCUCGCAUUUUUAAUACUUGGUAGUAAUAUGGUAAAACUAAGUGAAAUCAUAAAGGUUCAAUUAAAAGUGAUAGUAGAAUUUCUUGUAUUUCGACAGACCACAAGAAUCUUGAUAGCAGAAAAAAACAUCUUCAUUUACUUGAAAUCAACCUCAAUUAUUGGUUUCAAAUGAAAAUGACUAGUCUUUUUUUAUCGACUUUUUUUUUCCUAAAAAAUUCAUUUACUUAAAACUGAAAUGUGACGAGACGCACAGUAUGUUAUCUACAUCUCCAAGCCUCCAACCAACAACUUUACCAUAGUUAAUUAAAGGGUAAAUACAAUUUAAUAUCCAAAUCUUUCAUUUUAAACAAUAUAAUAGCCAAACCUUUUCGAAAACAAUCUAAUAUCCAAAUCGUCAACUUUCCGUCCGUUUGACCGUUAGUUGACACUUCAUCAAGUUCGAAGUAUGACACUUCAUCAAUAUCCAUCGAUAUCUUCUCUAAAAAACCACCAACAUAUCGUGGUUCCAAACCCGAGAAGUCCAUGACUCUACCAUAAUAGUAUAGAAUAUCUAAAUAUUCAGUCAUCUGCAAUGCCAAAACAAGAAAACAAAGCUGUAUUGUGACAAUUCCCCCUAAACAAAACUUUUUUGAAGUGUCAACUAACGGUCAAACGGAUUGAAAGUUGACGAUUUGGAUAUUAGAUUGUUUCGAAAAAGUUUGGCUAUUAUAUUGUUUAAAAUGAAAGAUUUGGAUAUUAAAUUGUAUUUACCCUUUAAUUAAAUGGCUUAACAGAGGAUCAUGAUUGAGUAUAGGUCUUUCCAUCACGGGGUUUGAUUGCUUGUAGCCCAACCAAUAUCUGGUUGAUUGAAAGGUAACAGAAACAUAUAUACCUCUUCUUAUCAUAUCAUACUGCCACGCUAAAGCUUAUCUGCGUCACACUGAACCUCAACAACAAUGCCUGUUAAGCAAAGCCAAAUUAAGCGUUCUCCGCCUGCCUGCAACCAAUUAUUUCCAUAUCGACAAUCACAAAGCUGACCUCCUCCGUUAACAACCUGGCCUUACAAACGUCACAGUCCUCUCGAAAGAGUGCAAACAAUGAAAACCCAAGUUGAUACACAGGAUUCCAUGGAAGAAGAUGAUGAAGAAGAAUACUACUACUUUGUCUUGUUGUAAAAGGGAGGCGUCAUCUCCAUUGCUUUGCUUGCACGCUCGAUUCAUCAUAUUAAUUUAGUGUUCAAAUCAUACUAAACAAGAAAUUCUCACCAACUUCUAUUUAUCCCUUGCAGUUUCAGUCUCCUCUCAUUAUCAUCAUCAUCAGCAGCAGCAGCAGCAGCCAUGGAGAAGGCGGCAUCGAUACCUCUCCCCGUUCGCACCUCCUUCAAGCUUCCUUCCUCGAUCCCAUCACCAUGGCCGUCCGUGGACGGCGGUUUCGCCUCCGGAGCAAUCGACCUCGGCGGCGGACUCCACGUCUUCCAGACCGCUUCCUUUACCAAAAUCUGGUCCACCCAACAGGGAGGACCCGACAAUCUCGGAGCAUCCUUCUUCGAACCAACCCAGUUGCCUCCCGAUUUCCACAUGCUCGGCACCCACAGCCAGCCCAACGCGAACCCUAACGCCCACGGCUGGAUCCUCGCCGGGAAAGACGCCGCCGGCGACGGAGGAGCAUUGAAGCCGCCGGUCGAUUAUACCCUGGUUUGGACCAGCUCCGACACCGAAAAAAUCAACCAGCAAGGAAUCGCCUAUUUCUGGCUCCCGGUCCCACCCGACGGUUACAGGGCCGUGGGACACGUCAUCACCACGUCUCCUGACAAGCCCCCGCUCGAAAAAGUCCGCUGCGUCAGAUCCGAUCUCACCGACCAAUGCCAGGCCGACGCGUGGCUCUGGGGCCCGGGCCCAGCCGACGCCGGCGAUCCCGAUCUGACCGGGUUCAACGUUUUCAACCUGAGGCCGGGCGACGGAUCCGCUGCCGGCGUCUCCGUCGGCACAUUCAUCGCCCAAUCCUCCGGCCUUCCCGGAGACCACCCCACGCUCGUCGCCUGUCUGAAGAAUCAGAAUUCCGUCGACGGAUCGACUUCUUCGAUGCCGAAUUUAAAGCAAGUGGAAGAACUCUUCAAGAGAUACGCUCCCUGGGUUUCUCUCCAUCCCGACGAGGAAUUCCUCCCGUCUUCCGUCGAUUGGUUUUUCUCAAACGGAUCGCUUCUAUACGAGAAAGGGAAAGAAUCGAACCCGACCCCGAUCGACCCGAUCGGGUCGAACCUCCCGCAGGGCGGUUCAAACGACGGAGCGUACUGGUUGGACCUACCGGUCGACGGGUCGGCGAAAGAGAGAGUGAAGAAAGGACAGCUGGCGGGCGUCCAGGUCUAUUUACACGCGAAGCCAGCUUCGGGAGGCACAUUUACGGAUCUAGCCGUGUGGGUGUUCUACCCGUUCAACGGACCGGGGAGGGCAAAAGUGGAAUUCAUCAAGAGCAUCAAGCUCGGGAAGCUAGGGGAGCACGUGGGGGACUGGGAGCACGUGACCCUGCGGAUCAGCAACUUCAACGGCCUGCUCCAGAGCGUCUACUUCUCGCAGCACAGCAGCGGGUCGUGGGUCGGGUCGGCAGAUCUGGAGUACCGGGGCGGGAGCCGGCCCGUGGCGUACGCUUCGCUCCACGGGCACGCGAUGUAUCCUCGCCCGGGGUUGGUGAUGCUGGGGAGCAAGGACAUCGGGAUUCGGGACGACACGGCGACGGGAGGGAUGGUGGUGGAUACGGCGGCGGGGUUCACGGUGGUGGCGGCGGAGUAUCUGGGGAAGGACGGCGUGGUGGAGCCGCCGUGGCUGAAUUACAUGAGGGAGUGGGGCCCGAAGAUUGAUUAUGACGUGGACAAGGAGCUGGCGAAGGUGAGGAAGUUGCUGCCUGGGACGCUGAAGAAAGAGUUUGAUAAGAUGGUGAGGAAUUUGCCCAAGGAGGUGCUUGGGGAAGAAGGGCCCACUGGGCCCAAAGUUAAGGCCAGCUGGAACGGUGAUGAAGCUUAGUUAAAAAAAGGGGGAAUUGAAAUUGAUCAUUGUUUUAGGAGAAUUAUAAUUAUUAUUAAUAAAUUUAAUUGAUAGCUUUGUGCAUGCUGGAGGUGGAGACUCUGGAGAGUGAUCAAUCCAUUAAUUACAAGGAAAUUAAUGGAUUUAUAAGGCCAGCUCAACAUUAAUGAUUAAAAGAGUCAGCUGGACCUAGUUGGGUUAGAUUUUUGGGCCUAAGUGGCCAACCCCCUUCUCCUCUAUAUGAUGGCCAACCCGUCUCCGAGGCCCCCAUAGCCGGACGAUGCCUCCACCCCUUAGUAUGAAAUUUGGCCUACAAAAACUACGUCUUGGAAGCAAGGCGACACAACGGGGUGCCAAACGACCGGGUACCAAGCCUGGUACCAAAUAAGGGGGCCAAACAAGAGGGUAUCAAGCCGACAAGGCAGGCCUGAUACCCAGGUAAGAAAUUUGGCCAAGUAUGGAAAACAAGGUGACACAACGGGGUGCCAAACGGCCGGGUACCAAGCCGGAUACCAAAUAGGAGGCCAUCCAAAGGUUAAGUAUGGGAACAAGGCGACACAACGGGGUGCCAAACGGCCGGGUACCAAAUAGGAGGUCAUCCAAAAGCUAAGUCUUGGAAACAAUGCGACACAACGGGGUGCCAAACAGUCGGGUACCAAGCCGGGUAUCAAAUAGGAGGUCAUCCAAAAACUAAGUCUUGGAAACAAGGUGACACAACAGGGUGUCAAAUGACCGGAUGUCAACGACGGGGUAUCAAGCCGGCAAAGCAGGGCUUGGUACUUUGACAUAUAAUUUGGCUAAGUAUGAAGCAAAAGGGGGUAUCAAGCCGACAAGGUAGGUUUGAUACCAAAAUAUAUAAAAAUUGGCUAAGUAUGGAGCUAAGAGGGUACCAGGCGGGCAAGGCAACCUCGGUACCAAGACCCCUACAAGGUACCAAGCCGGCAUGACAGGCUUGGCAGCCAAGCAAGGCGACAGGGUACCAUGAACCCAAGGGGGUAUCAAGCUGGCAAGACUGACUUGGUGGCCAGGCAACAGGGGGCCAAGCCAGGUACCAACUAAGAGAGUCAUACAGAAACUAAGUCUGGAUAUCAAGCCAACAAGACGGACUUGAUAGCUAGACAUCAGAGUAUCAAGCCAACAAGACAAGAAAUUCGAUGAAGGCAUGGUGACUAGCUGAGGUGGCCACCCAACUAUGGAUGGAUCGACCAGGAUGCCAAGCUCAGCCCUUAUGAGGCCAUAUGGAGACAAAAGUCCAAAGACGGGCUUGGUAGCACCUUCACGGGGUACCAAACCGACAGGGUGCAACUUACCACUUGACGAGUCUACAAAAACUAAGUAUGGAGACCAAGCCACCAGGACUGGCUUGGUAACAAGGGGUGUCAAGUUGAUUACAUUGGCUUGGUGGCAUGCCGGAAGGUAUCAAGCCGAUGAGACGGCUUGGUAACAACCAACAAGUUCAUGAGGAGGGUUUGGUGUCAUUGAGGUGGUAGCGGUCUCAAGACGACAAGAGUGGGGAGUCAUCAAGCAGCCGAGGGUGAGAUCAAGACCUCGUCAUGGUUCAUGGAGGCUAAGGCAAGAGCCUCAACCCCAUCCAGUUAUGACAGGGCGACAAGGCUCAACACCAACGCGACCCGGCAUCGAGGCCAUCAAGUACCCACCAACCCCAAGACGGGACAAGGGCCUCCAAGGCGAUGGAUACCGACCAGUCAACAAGACGGGUCUAGGAACUCCAAAGCAAUGGAAGUGAAGACCAAGACAACGGUUACCAAUUGGCACCCAAGGCAACUAAAAGGGGCCCUAAGGCGGUUGGAGCAACAAGCCAGCUCGCACUUACCAAGGCAGUUACUCCUAGUGGCUAUAAAUAGGAGAAACGAAG